AUGCCUUCGCCCCAGUCUCCCGCCGUCAAAGGCUAUCUGGUUCUAUACAACUCCGUCAACGCCUUCCUCUGGCUCCGCAUCCUCCUCACCAUACUCACCUCCCACUCCGAUCCCGCACUAUACGCCACCCUCGAGCCACAAGCCAGAUGGGUGCAGACUCUCGCUGUGGUAGAAAUCCUACACGCUGCAACUAGCAUAACCCGAUCCCCCGUCUUCACGACCUUCACCCAGAUCUUCGCUCGUAGCGUGCAAGUCUGGGCAAUCAACUAUGCAUUCCCAUCCGUGACGGCAGUGUCGCCCGCUUACCCGGCUAUGCUCUUUGCUUGGUCUACUGCCGACGCUGUGCGGUAUUCUUACUUCGCGGUCAUGUUGGCGGGGUUCCCUGUCCCGCGAGGCUUGAAGUGGUUGAGAUACUCCCUCUUCAUUAUCCUCUACCCCAUUGGGAUCGCGACGGAGUGGUGGCUCAUGUAUCGGGCUACUACGGUCACGACGAACUGGCUUGUCGCGGGCAUCUUCUACUUCUUUCUUGGGCUGUAUGCGCCAGGCUCUGUUAUGAUGUAUUCGUAUAUGCUUAAACAGAGGCGGAAGACGCUUGCAAAAUAG